AUGGUUUUAGCUGAUAUAACCGGUAAUAAGAUUCAAUGCUCAUGCAAGAGAUCUUACAUUAAGCGUGUUCAACGUAGCCUUCCUCUUGGGAAAUGGAAGGUUAUUGAGAACAUGAAGAUUAGUGGAACUGGUGGGAAAUUCAAGCCAACCAAACUGAGCUAUAAGAUGAAUAUCAUUAACGAUACUGUCUUCACGGACUCAGAUCAUAAUGAUGAUAGCGACUUCUUGACUCUAACGAGUUUUGAAGAGAUUUUGGGUGGAAGUCUUGAUACGACCCGUCUAAUUGAAAUCUUGGGGCAAGCAGUUGAGAUAGGUGGAGUUCAGAUCAUCCAAGUCCACAAUGAGGAUAGAAAAAGGGUUCAGUUUCGCUUGCGAGACAACAAUGGAAAUGAAUUGGCGUGUUGCUUGUGGGGAUCUUAUGCUGAAAGGAUCGAACAACAUGUUGAAAAAGUAAAUGGUGAUAACAUUGUUUGCUUAAUAAGAUUUGCUAAGAUCAGUGAAUUUCAAGGUGAAGUUCAAAUAACAAAUGCAUUUGGUGCCUCUCUCUUGGAUCUGGACCCAACAAUGCAUGAGGCUGUGGAAUUCAAAGAAAAGCUCAGAGAUGAUGUACUUCCUCUUGCUGUUGUGGACCAAAACAAUGAAAAAUCCCCCAUUGUCAUUGAUGAUUGGGAUGAUGUAGGUAUCAUCAUGAUUUCCGAGUUACAUGAGACUACCCAGCUCGAGAAUGUGAAGAUCGUGUGUUCGAUUGAAGCAAUUGAUACUGAUUGGGCCUGGUACUAUUUUGCAUGUAAGAAAUGUGGGAAAAUAGUAACUAGAAUCAGUAGAGCAGCUAAACCUUUGUUCCGCUGUGCGAUUUGCAAAGCUAAUGUUUCUAAGGUGUUCCCAAAAUUCAAACUGCAUUUGAUUGCUGAAGAUGAUAGCGGAAAAUGUAAACUGGUGUUGCUUGGCACAAUUGCUCAGGAACUCAUCGGUUUUCAGGCAACCGAGCUUUGGGACGGUUCUUACGAUGAUAUCGAAGAUCCUGAAAUUUUGCCUCAACCAAUUAUGGAUUUGGUGGGCAAAUCUUUCUGUUUUGGAAUUGAAUCCUCUGAAAACGGAUCCGACAACUUUACUGUUUCUAAAGUCUGGUCUGGAGAUAUUCUUCAGAAAAUUGAAACUGAAUCUGAGCCAGUGUCUCUUGUAGAAGGAGGUUCAUCCAGUAUGUCUUCUGAAAGGGUUAUGUUGGUGGAUGUUGAUAGUCAAACAUCAUCGGGAGAUUGUAUGACUCCAUACUCAAAAAGAAAGGAAAGUGACAAUGAUUUUCCAGACAUAACAUCUACUUCAAAGAAGAUCUGCACUGCAGCAGUAAAGACUGAAAAACCCUCGACUGAUUAG